AUCAACCAAUAAGAUACAAGACUCCAUCGCCUAAGUCAACUUUAAAAGUAAAAAUUUCUGAUCACAUCACUUGCUCAAGUUAUGAACUCCAACAACUAUAAUGAUCCUUACAAUCAACCACAACCCAAUACUCUGCAGCAACAGCUGCUGGUGCAGCAAAUAACUGACGAACAGCAACAACAACAACCACAAGAUGAAUCUGAAAACGAUGUAUUUAUUAAUGUUGGCCAGGGCUUGACUGGCCAUUAUAGAAAUAUGAUGAUGCAGUACUGGCAAGAAACCAUCAAUUCAAUUGAAAGCGACGACCAUGAUUUCAAGAACCAUCAGCUUCCCUUGGCCAGAAUUAAAAAAGUUAUGAAAACUGACGAAGACGUCAGAAUGAUUAGUGCUGAGGCACCAAUUUUAUUCGCUAAGGGCUGUGAGAUUUUUAUAACUGAGUUGACAAUGAGAGCUUGGAUCCACGCUGAAGAAAACAAAAGAAGAACUUUGCAAAAGUCUGAUAUUAGUGCUGCUUUGCAAAAAUCAGAUAUGUUUGAUUUUCUUAUUGAUAUUGUUCCCAGAGAAGAAGAAAAACCCAAGAGAUCCAAUUCUCACCAUCACCACCACCACCAUCACCAUCAACCUCAACAACAACAACUGCAACAACUGCAACUGCAGCAGAUGAAUAACCAACCUCAAUCUCAAGGUCCACCCCAACCUCAUCAAAUCCAGAAUAAUCAAAUUCUUACUCACACCCACCCCCAUUCUCAUACUCGUACUCACUCACACUCUCAUUCUCACACUAUAUCCAAUAAUAUGGACAAUCCUUCUAAUUCAGGCUUAAACAACUUAUUAAAUAGUUUUACCAAUUCUUAUUCAAAUCCCAAUUCAAAUCCUUCUCAGAACUCAAAUCCAAAUAAUUAUCAAAAUUAUUUGCAACACUACUCACCCUCUUCAUCUAUGAAUAAUUCACAUUCACAAUCACAGGCAAAUUCAAUACCUACAUCCAACAAUCCUCAAAACUCUUCUUCAAACCCCCAUAACAAUUUUUUAUCCGAUACUGAUACAAACCCUCAAAAUCAACCACAUCAAUACAAUUCUCUAAAUACUUAUUUAUGAAUUUUUGUUUUUCUACUUUUAUGAUUAUUUUCUCUUUAAUUAUUUUUAAUAGUUAUUAAAUCCUCUUCGUGAUCUUGCCUGGCUUAAUUUUUCUAUACUAUUUCACUUUAGUUUCAUUUAUUGUCGUUUUUUUUUUUGUUUUUUUUUAUAAAUUAUUUUAUUCACUAGGUUUUAAAAUACAUUAUUGAAAUCUUCAAAUUAUAUUAUGUUAAAUUGAAUUUAAAAACAAUAUUUCAUUUUCUCAUGAUAAAAGCCUGAAUUUCGUGAUUACCAUUCAAUCAAAAGUUAUGAAACCUAUAAAAAUUAUAAUCAGAAAUAAAAGUCAAUGAAAAUUUUCAGAUCAUUUUACAUAUUACA